UUACUAGCCAAUCACAUUUCACUUGGCUCAUGUCAACAAAAGAUUUCGUUAUAAUUGUUUUCCUGCUGCCUGGUAGUGUUGCACAACAACUUCUAAUGCUUACUCGUGUGAUCGAUUAAAGUAAGACCAAACGUUUUUAUAGUUCGUCGACAGAGCUCUAUGGGUUGAUUCGAACGCGUUUUAAAUAAACAUGUCGCUUCAGAAGGAAAUGCCGUAUGAUGAGAGCUUGCAGGGUUCCUGGGUGGAGUUGCACUAUAACACUGGCAGUGGGAGUCAGGUGUGCCAGGAGCAGAUCUCAUCAACUGUUCUUGAUGUAGACCUGGAGAAGUUACUACUAGACGCCCAACACGAGUCAAGCAGGAGUACCUCGAGAGGAAGCUCACAAUGUGACAGUCCACUUAGGUCACAGACUCCUCUUCUUCUGUUUAGAGGCUCAGAGGGAAACAGUUCACAGUCUGAGGAAGAUAACCAAGAAAGAAUCCAGGAAGUAGAGAAUCUACUGAAGAAGAAUGCUGACUGGAUCUGGGACUGGUCCAGUCGUCCUGAGAACAACCCACCAAAGGAGUUUCUGCUGAAACACCCCAGGCGCUCAGCCUCGCUCAGCAUCAGGAAGACCAACGUCAUGAAGAAAGGAGGAGUUCUCUCCCCUGACUUCCUCAAGCUUUUCCUUCCUUCAUUAUUCAUUUCUCAUAUACUCGCAGUUGGCCUGGGGAUAUACAUUGGGAGGCGCCUCAGCACAUACAGCACCUACUGAAGCUGAUGCUGCAUUUUGAGACCACUGACUCAUACAGCUGGCAUGCCUUCAAAUGGGGGCAACUUCAGAAUCCACGGAGAAGUGGUUGAUGUAGCAUUCUCCAUUUUAGCUGAUUGCCUCAUCUUAUCUUCUGAAUGCUGUGACUGCUUCUUUCUCCCAGAAAUGCCUUGAAUCAGGAACUGAUUUGUGCUGCCAUGUUCCUCUCGCUAUUUAGAAUGUUGUUUUAUAUUGAACUGCUGCCAAUUGGCAUUGUUUCUCAUUUUCGUCAGCAUAUUGUGUUUGUGUUUUGCCUGUUUGUUAUUCUUAAGGGAAUGAUUAAUGUGAAUGAAUAUUAAUUGUGAAAUAAUUUCCUGCACUAAUUUUUUUUUUUUUUAAAGCUGGAGUUGUUAAUACAUUUCAUGCAACACGUGAAAGGCAGGGUGUGAAUUGCAACAAAAGUCUAACUUUUGGGGGGUCUCUAAUUUAACCUAUUCUCCUAUUUGUUUAAAAUUCUAUUGUGAACUGUUUCAGUGGUAAAGAUGAAAAUAAAAGCUUAUUCCAAAUUAAAUGAA